AUGGCCGACAUCUCGUGCAGCCCGCCUCGCGCUCCCCCGAUUCAAUAUGCUGCUCCAUUGGGAACUCGCUGGGCCAAGGAAACUGCAGCUGCUGGUGGUGUCAGUGCCUUCGAUCUCCCCACUGAUCCAAAGAACAUUGGGCCCUGGAUUCUUGGCGAGUGUGUUGGGAAAGGCGCCUCUGGGCGAGUCAAAAUUGCGAAACAUCGUGUCACUGGCCAGCUCGCCGCUGUCAAAAUACUUCCACUCGCUCCCUUGGUCAACUCUCGCGCCUCUCUCGCAACACAACAGGCCAAGUCUGACAAACAGCGUCUCGGAAUUGACAGAGAGAUAACGAUGAUGAAGCUCAUGAACCACCCCAACAUCAUUCGCAUCUAUGACGUCUAUGAAGGAGCUAAGGAGCUGUUCCUCGUUCUCGAAUACGUGCAGGGUGGCGAGUUAUUCGACUUCUUGGUCAAUAAAGGACGCCUCCAGGCUCCCGAAGCCCUGCAAUACUUCAAGCAAAUCAUCUAUGGCCUCAAUUACGCGCACACGUUUUCCAUUAUCCACCGCGACCUUAAACCGGAGAACAUUCUCAUUGCUUCACUAUCACCACCGCUCGUUAAAAUCGCCGACUGGGGUAUGGCUGCCUUUGCACCUCCUUCUCUUCAACUCGAAACCAGCUGCGGUUCUCCUCACUACGCGAGCCCCGAAAUUGUCAAUGGCGAGAGAUAUCAAGGCAACGCAACCGACAUUUGGAGCUGUGGCGUGAUUCUCUAUGCUCUGCUCACUGGACGACUUCCGUUUGACGACAAAAAUGUCAAGACGCUGCUCGCUAAAGUCAAGGCUGGCAAGUACGAUAUUCCAACGUGGAUUGAUCCUCUUGCGGCAGACCUUCUCUCUCGCAUGCUUGUUGUUGACGUCUCUUGCCGAAUUACGAUUCCGGAGAUAUUGGUCCAUCCAUGGCUGCUUUCUUCGACGGCACCACUUACCACCGACUCCCUUUUGAUAAAGACGCCGCCGCUCCCUCCCUCGCCUAGUACUCUUGCUCGUCCGCUUGGUCAUCCGUCCUUGAUCGACCAAGACCUAUUCGCUUCCCUCCGCAUUAUUUGGGGUCGCCACGCUGACGCUCAAGGCGAAAGUAUCAAGCGCGAUCUUUGUUCGCCAGCUGGGCAAGGUAUCCAUGCCAAAGCAUUCUACUUCCUUCUUGGCCGCCACCGUGAUGAAUCAUUACGAACACGUGACGGCAACUCCAACACCGACGAUGCACUGGAUCAACUCGGAAGUCCAACAUUCGAUUUAGGAUGGGAACUCGAUCUCAACAAACAUCUCCAACCCUAUGCCCUCAAGUCUCGGCGACCCACUUCUAGUCACCAACGAGCCACUACUGUGGUUGCUCCCAUUUCAGGUCUAGCCCCACCAAUCGUAUCACGCACACCUUCUGUUGUUAGCUCUAGAGACCGACCUCCGUCCCCCGUUGGACCCCGCGCACGAUCUACUCGGGUGCCCCAGCCCAACGCAACGGUUCAACGUGCCCGGAGCGGGGCAAGUCGUCCGGCAUCAUCCACAAACACCAACAGUGCCCCUCGCCUUCCUCGUCGUGGCUAUACCUUUUCUGUUGGAGAAGAUGGUUCAAGGCGUGGCCGCACUGCCAAAACAACACCAUCAGUGGACGCCCCAACUUUGUUCUCUCCUCAACUCUUCAGGCGUCCUUCGGGGAGUCGUUCGCACGCUACCAAUGUUGCUCCGCCGCCGCCCAAACCAAUUGUCCACUCUCCAGUUGCCGGUUCAGAGCUCGAUGUCCACAUUGAUCUCAAUCUUGACUUCAAUCUGAUGAAGCUUGGGUCAGAAGAAAAUAUCGCUCGUGUCUCUGUGGAGGAGAAUGUUGGUGUUGAAAUGGAUACCGAGCGAGUUCCUCUUCUUGCCUCGCCUCGCAUGCGCAAUGCCGGAAUCCAGAAGACGAUUGAUGGUGUUACCGACCGUCUUAACAACUUGGCCAAAACUCAAACUUCAGCGCCUCCACGAGCUCACAAAGGUUUCGGUGACAAGGAAAAUCAGAGUUUCACUGAGGGAUGGAGUUACGUUGCGGCAGAUGAAUUCCAAUUGGGACUUGGUCUUGGUGCGAACCGCAACGAUGGAAGGAAGGAGAACGGCAACGUUAUCUUUUUGCCUGAUGAAGCGAAAGGGAAGCGGGAGAAGGAACGCAAAGGCAAACAUAUGACCAUGCCGCCACUAAAAUCAAAACGUUCUACCCUGUCCAUCCUAACCUCCCCUGUCGCACUCAAUCAUGAAGGUCCUGGUCCUAAGUUGACUUCCCCUGGCGUUGGCGAGUUCAAGGGAUGGUUUUCCAACCUCUUUAGCUGGAAAGGGACUGGCCAAGCGAUUCCGGGUACUGGUGUCAUCUAUUCUGCAGACGGGCUGGACAAGACCCGUAGAGAUGUUGGACUACUCUUCGAGAAGCUUGGUAUCACCAUCGAAGGCAGCGGGUUUACGUUCGCAGAAGGCUCGGAUCGCGGCGACGAUGACUUUGCGAUGGGAAUGAUGCUGCGUUGCAGGGUCGAAGAGGCCGCUCCAGACGGAAUUUCUCUCAAGCCUGUCCGAUUCCGGGUAGAGUUUUCUCCAACCCCAUCGGCACGCGCAUUGUCCAAUAUCAAGAAUCUCGCAAUGCCUCUAUCGCCCAACCAGAACACGGGCAACAUCCCCUCCGCUAGCCUGAAUGCUUUGCUUUCAGCGCCACUAGAUGUUCCGCUCAAACACCGUGCCAACGUGUUGGUCAAUCGCAACGGAGUCGGAGCGACUCGGCCGGUUGGGAGUCAGACCGCAAUCUUACUGGUGCACGAGAAAGGCAGUACCUCGACAUUCAGGCAUGCGUGGAAGAAGUUGAAGGAGCGGUAUGACGAUACCGUUCAUCCUCCUCUUCGACUUCCGCCCACCAUGUCGAACGUCUCUCAGGCGACGACCGCGUCGACGUCGACGUUUGUCACUGCGCUUGUUUUCAACGCGAUUGUCUUUGGUGCGGAAAUCGCCAUCUUCACCAUCCUACGACCCCACUUCAAGGCCAUCUACGAGCCAAGAACCUACGUUCCAGUCCCUUCACGGCGGAUACACUCUCUCACUGGUGUCUCCUCCAUAUUCUCAUGGCCAUGGGCCGUCUUCAAAGCCGACUACAAGGCUGUUCUGCACGCCAAUGGUCCCGAUGCCUACUUUUUCCUGCGAUUUCUUCUCAUGAUGGCCCGUGUUUUCCUCCCAAUUUGGAUCGUCUCCUGGAUCAUCCUCCUCCCUGUGACAUCCGUCAAGACACAUGUCGGUGCAAACACCAAGCUUGACCUCCUGAGCUUCGGCAAUGUCGAGCCCAGCAAGCAGACGCGCUACUGGGCACAUUUGGUACUAGCGUGGGCUUUCACGUUCUGGGUGUUCUAUAACAUCCGGCUUGAAAUGUCUCAUUUCGUCACAACGCGUCAACAAUACCUCAUUAACCCUGUCCACGCGAAGUCGGUCCAGGCCAAUACUAUUCUUGUCACUGGAAUCCCCGCACGUUACCUCUCGCCGGCCGCGCUUCACGAACUCUUCAAGGACCUUCCAGGAGGCGUCAAGCGGAUAUGGAUUAAUCGCAAUCUUCGCACGCUUCCCGAUAUCUACGAUCGCCGCCUUGCUGCCUGUGCAAAGCUUGAGUCAGCAGAGACGAAGCUUAUUUCGAUUGCCACCAAAGCCCAUCUUAAAGCAGGUGGUGACGGCAAGGAUGUUGAGCAACGAGGAGGUGUGCCUGAGGUCCCGCGGGACCAGCGGCCAACCCACAAGCUUGGGUUUCUAGGACUUUUCGGCCAGAAGGUCGAUUCUAUCGAUUGGGCCAGACGCGAAAUCAUUCUUUGCAACCGUCUUCUUAAAGAAGGUCGUAGGGUUAUGUCGGCAGAAAUGAGCGACCCUAACCAAACACCUUUCGACGAGCUCGAUGAUGCUUUCCCCGAAGAUGACGAUGCUGAUGGUGCCGAGGCUGCAGAGAAAGAGCUGACCAAAGUCAAGGAGCAAAACUACCCUGCACUCAGUAGCGCGUUCAUUACUUUCAAUCGUCAAAUAGCUGCAAACAUGGCUAAGAAUCUUCUCCUUCACCACGAACCAUAUCGAAUGGCCGAAAAAUACUCUGAGGUGUCUCCACAAGACGUCAUUUGGUCCAACCUUGGUCUCAACCCAUACGAGAUGCGUGUCCGCACUUUGUUGUCAUAUGCCGCUACCGCCGCCCUCAUCAUCUUCUGGUCCAUCCCCGUCGCGUUCGUUGGUUUGAUUUCAAACUUGCAUUCGCUUUGCACGACCGCCUCGUGGCUCGCGUGGAUUUGCGACCUCCCGCAAGUUGUUGUCGGUAUACUCAGUGGUAUCUUACCCCCGGUUUUGCUCGCGGUACUUAUGAUGCUGCUUCCCAUUGUGUUGCGGUUGUUCUCUGUUUUCGAGGGCAUGCCAAAACGUAGCGGCGUCGAACUCAGUCUGAUGACACGGUUCUUCAUGUUCCAGGUCGUGCACUCGUUCCUGAUUAUCACUCUUUCGUCCGGAAUUGCAUCGGCGCUUCCCGGUUUAUUGAAGGAUCCAUCGUCGGUUCCAAGUUUGCUCGCUCAAAAGCUGCCAUCUGCCUCGACGUUCUUCUUGACAUAUACGAUUCUUCAAGGUCUUUCUGGAACUGCGGGUGGUUUCCUCCAAAUCGUACCACUAGUGGUCUACUACGUCAAGCUUUAUCUUCUGGGCAGCACCCCUCGCGCGGUUUAUGGGAUUAAAUACGGUGCCCGCAAUGUUGCCUGGGGAACCUUGUUCCCUGGAAUCACGUUGCUCACUGUUAUCGCACUUGUCUACUCGGUCAUCGCCCCAAUCAUCAACGGCCUCGCUUGCUUCACGUUCUUCGCGUUCUUCCAGCUCUACAAGUAUCUGUUCUUGUGGCAAUUUGAGCAACCCCGGUCGGGGGAUACUGGGGGCUUGUUCUUCCCCAAGGCAAUGACACACAUUUUUGUUGGGUUGUACAUUGAACAAAUUUGCCUUGCUGGCUUGUUCUUCCUUGCCCGCGAUGACCAAGACAAGGCGUCGUCGAUUCCACAAGGUGCACUGAUGGUGGCCCUCAUCAUUAUAACGGUUCUCUAUCAGAACCUCAUUUCAAGUUCCUAUGGGCCACUUCAGGCUGCCUUGCCGCUUAGUCUUGCGGACAAGACGUUUACGGCGCAGCCCACAUCCCGCAACAGCACGAACUCGCACGAGAUGACGGAGCCGAAACAGUCAGCGGAAGCAGCGAGUCCGGUGCAUGGGGACGAGGAGCAGGAGGCGCUUACUGCGCGCCAAAAGGCUGCCGCGAAGCUCAAGUCGGAUGACGAAUAUGGAUUUGCGCAUCCCGCGGCGUCGCGGCCACAGCGUGUCAUAUGGCUUCCACGUGAUCAACUGGGGCUGGCGGAAGAGGAGGAGCGUGUGAAUGAGGCGGCUGGCGUGAAGGCGAGUCUAAAAGACGCGGAAAUGAACGAGAAGGGCAAGGUCGACAUCAGCGGGCCGCCGCCGGACCUGGUGCUUGUGGAUGAGUAA